AUGCCCGGGCAGUGCCGGCUGCCAUGGCCCGCUGCCCGGCCGGGGAGAGAGCAGCAGCUGAUGGCAGCGAAGUUUUGGGGGGAGCAGCAGGGAGGGAGGAGGAGGAGGAGAAGGCUGAGGAUGACCCCCCCUUGCAGCCCCCGGGCGCUGGGGGAGCGCGGGGACGGAGGCGAUGGCUCCGCCGGGAUUGCCGACUCAGGAAAUCUGCCGGAGCUGUUUACAGCUCCCAGCGACUGGAGCUUUCAGGGCUGCCCGGGCCGGGCCGGGGCCGUGCGGGAGCUCUGCCGCUCCUUCGGACACUACAACCGGCACCUGGCGCGGCUGCAGCACAACCUGCGCGAGACCAGGAGGUUCUUCCGCGACGUCAAGUUCUCCCAGGGACACCCCUUCGCCCCGGAGGCCGCCGGAGACGCUCCCCACGGAGGGGAUGGGGAUGGGGAGCCCGGGGACGACCCCGCGCCCGGCGGGCAGAACUUCAUCUCCUUCCCCCGGCACGAGGAGGAGCAUCUCCAGCGCUCCGUGAGCUGGCACCCCUGCCUGCUCAUCCUGGGCCAGAACUGCAGUGCCAAGUGCCAGCUGCUCAACAUCCUGCUGGGGGAGAAGCUGCUGCCCACCACCAAGAUCAGCAACGAGGAGAACUGCAAGAGGCGGCGGAUCCGCUUCACGCACGGCAGCCAGACCCGGCUGAGCCUGGCCCUGCCCCAGCAGUACGAGCUGGUGCACGUGCUGGCAGCACACAGGGGGCACUGGGACACCAUCCCUGAGGAGGACCUGGAGAUCCAGGGGGACCCCGAGGACCCUGCCCACCGCAUCGCCGAGCUGGAGGUCAUGCUGCCCUACUCGCUGCUCAAGGAGGUGGACGUGGUGGUGGCUCCGUGCCGGGGCUUCCAGCCGGCCGAGGACACCCUGGGCGAGUUGGUGAACCAGGUGCUGCCCGUGGUGACCUUCGCCAUCAGCGAGGCCCAGCUGUCCCCCUCGGACCAGAGCGAGCUGAGAACCAUCAAGGAGAAGUUCUCCCUGCCCAUUUUCUUCUUCCGCGUGCCCGAGGCCGGCGGGGAGCUGAUCUCCCCCAAAAAACCGGACAGCGACAAGUCCCCCCUGCACUGCCAGCUGCUGGACCUGCAGUACCUGAGCUCCAACCACUGCAGCUGCGGGGACAGCGGGGCCCAGAGCAUGCUGGUGGAGCAGCUGGACAAGCUGAGGCUGCUGAGCACCUUCUCCAGGCAGGUGCUGCAGAAGCACUUGGUGGAGGCGGCCACGAGCCUGAACGAGCUGCACUGUCGCUGCCUCAACAUCUUCAUCAACCAGGCCUUCGACAUGCAGAGGGACCUGCAGAUCACGCCCAAGAGGCUGGAGUACACCAGGAGGAAGGAGAACGAGCUCUACGAGUCCCUCAUGGGCAUCGCCAACCGCAAGCAGGAGGAGAUGAAGGACAUGAUCGUGGAGACGCUGGGCAACAUGAAGGAGGAGAAUAUCAUCAUUCCUGAGAACGGGGAGCCCGUCAGCUCCAAGGACAUCAAGUGUUGCAUUAAACAGAUCCAGGAACUGAUUAUUUCUCGGUUAAACCAAGCAGUUGCCAACAAGUUAAUCAGCUCAGUGGACUAUCUGAGGGAGAGCUUCGUGGGGACUCUGGAGAGGUGCCUCAAGAGCCUGGAGGAGUCCUGGGAGGUGUCAGUACAUCCUGCAAGGAGCUUGGAGAAGCCCAAGGAUGGUUCUGUGCACAUCACGAGCAAUUAUCUCAAACAGAUCCUAAAUGCAGCUUAUCACGUCGAAGUCACUUUUCACUCUGGCUCAACAGUGACCAGGAUGCUGUGGGAACAGAUCAAACAGAUAAUCCAGCGGAUCACAUGGGUCAGCCCCCCUGCCAUCACCAGUGACUGGAAGAGGAAGGUGGCCCAGGAUGCCAUCGAGAGCCUCAGCGCUUCCAAGCUGGCCAAGAGCAUCUGCAGCCAGUUCAGGACCAGGCUCAACAGCUCCCACGAGGCUUUUGCAGCUUCCCUGCGGCAGCUGGAGGAUGGCCACUCUGGCAGGCUGGAGAGGACGGAGGACCUGUGGCUGAAGGUACGGAAGGAUCACGCUCCCCGGCUCGCCCGGCUCUCCCUGGAGAGCAGAUCCCUGCAGGAUGUGCUGCUGCAUGGUGAGCACCCUGCCUGCUGUUCCUGUGUUCCCACCCUCCCCUUCCUCCUGAGGCACUGGGAAGGNCACUUCCCCUGCGCCCUCAAGUCCGUUGUUCCUCCAGAUGAGAAGCACUGGAAUGACCUUGCACUCGAGUUUCACUAUAUGAGGUCCCUGCAGACACAUGAGAGGCUCGUGCACCUCCAUGGAUCUGUGAUAGAUUAUGGCUAUGGAGGAGGCUCCAGCAUUGCUGUGCUGCUGAUCAUGGAGAGGCUGCACAGGGACCUCUACACGGGGCUAAAGGCUGGGCUGGAGUUGGAGACACGGCUGCAGAUUGCCCUGGAUGUGGUGGAAGGGAUCCGGUACCUGCACAGCCAGGGGCUGGUGCACAGGGACAUCAAACUCAAAAAUGUCUUGCUUGACAAGAAGAAUCGAGCCAAAAUCACUGACCUGGGGUUCUGCAAACCAGAGGCCAUGAUGUCUGGCAGCAUUGUGGGCACACCCAUCCACAUGGCUCCUGAGCUCUUCACAGGGAAGUAUGAUAACUCCGUGGAUGUUUAUGCCUUUGGAAUUCUCUUCUGGUACAUCUGCUCGGGCCACGUGAAGUUACCAGAGGCUUUUGAGAGAUGUGCAAGCAAAGACCACCUGUGGAACAACGUUAGGAGAGGAGUGCGCCCGGAGCGUCUCCCGGUGUUCGACGAGGAAUGCUGGCAGCUGAUGGAAGCCUGCUGGGAUGGGGACUCCUCCCAGCGCCCUCUCCUGGGGAUUGUCCAGCCCAUGCUGCAGGGGAUCAUGGACAGGCUCUGCAAGUCCAGCUCUGAGCACCCAAAUAAAGGCUUGGAUGACUCGACUUGAGGAGGAGGCGCAGCAGGAUUUUGGAAUCGCGGGGGAAUUCCGCUUCCCCCCUCCCCAAACUCUGCAGGAGGCUUCUCCAGGUGGAGCUCCGUGCCCAGCCUGGCUGGGACAGGGACCAGCAGCCAGGAGAUUGCUCAGAGAGGUGAGACCUCGGGGCUGUUCAGCCAGAGCAAUCCCAGCCCACCCCAGCAGUGUGCCAGUUAUCCCACUGCAGCUUCUCCCGUGGAAUUGUGCAACAAGGCAGAGAAAAAUCCCACGCCCUUGAACUAAAAGGGAUUUAUUUUUUUCCUUUUUUUUUUUUUGCCAAUCCCACACCACCAACCCAGCCAAGCAAAGCAUUGUGUGUGUGUGUGUGUGUGUGUGUUUGUCUGUGUGCCCACGCCAGGCUUUACUCCUUGAAGGAAAAGCUCUUCCCAGGAACUGCGGGGGCCACACGGAUCCAUCCCGGUCUCUCCUCGAUGGCACUAAUUCCAGAGCGGUUGGAGAGGAAGGAGAAAGCAAAAAAACAAAACAAAAAACUCUAGGCUAGAAGUGUUUAGAAGCAUCUGUAGGAGUUUCUGCAACACUUGAGAUGUUUACAUUGACAGGAGCAAAGCUUCCAUGUUUUACUGGGGGAGGGAUUUGCAACCCCCCCCCACACCUUAUAAGCUAUUUAUCCUUUAUGUGCCCUUCACCUCUUACUCCUGUUAAAAGACAAACAAACAAACAAAAAAA